GAAACCUGAGCCUUAUACAGCAGAUUUUUACUUCUCAGGAAAUGAAAGCUAGGCAGGCUAUAUAUAAACCCGGUGCAGCUCGAGGAUAAUCAGUUCUUACACUACACAAUAUAUCAAGUCAUGGGGCUGUUAACUGUAGCUUUAGCUGGCGCUGGAGCAGCUGGAGCUUUCUUCGCUGCUCCUGUUGUUCUGGCCGGUGUAGGGUUCACCUCAGCCGGGAUCGCAGCAGGCUCCUAUGCUGCCGGCAUGAUGUCAGCAGCUGCAGUGGCUAACGGGGGAGCAGUGGCAGCCGGGAGUACAGUGGCUGUUUUACAGGCAGCAGGUGCAGCCGGUCUGCCAGCAGCUGCCUCUGCAGGUGCGGCUGGCGUCGGAGCAACCGUUGGAUGGAUAACUGCAGCCCUCGUCUGAGAAAUCAUGAAAGAACAUGGAUGAAUAUGUGUACUUUGCCAAAUGAAGGAGGAAACUACAAUUUACAGCACUUUCACUUGCUAAACAGCACUUGUCAUCUCAAACAAAAUGUUUUGUUCAAUAAAUCGGUCUUCUAUUAAAGAGCAA